UUUUUUUUUUCUCAAAAACACAUCCUCCCUCCAAUCUCCUUCAAAACAAAAAACAAACUUCAUCUUUCUUUUUCUUGUUUUUCAAAAAAAAAAGUUUCAAUUUUUCACAUAAAUUGAAACACCCAAUUGCCCAAAAUCGUCAAAUCUUGAUCCAAAUUUUCAAUUCAGUUCUUCAAAAUUUGCCAAUUUCCACGAUGAAGUUAGUGAUCUCAGCUUCUUUACUCUCAGCAAUGGUGUUUUACUCUUCUCUACUCCCUUUUCUCCAUUCUUUAAACCUUUACAUCUCUUCAACAAUCCACAAGAACUACAUGUUCUUGCUCUGCAAUGGCCUCCUUGUCUUCAUCGUUCGAAAUUCCGGUCUUAUCGGCAACACCUGCAACGAACAGAGCAGCAGAAAUGAAGCUUUAGGGGCUGUAACAAUGGCUGAUGGGAACAGAAAAAUUGAGAGCAAAGUUGAAGUUGAAGUUGAAGAAGAAAGGAGAAAUGGGUUGGUUGUAAAUGAAGAAAAGUUUGAAAAUUUGAUCACAGAUAAUGAAGAUGAAGAAGAAAGAUUCAUUUCUUAUGAAGAAGAAGAAGAAGAAGAAGAAGAAGAAGAAGAAGAAGAAGAAGAGGAAAUUGAUGAAGAAUUGAAUAAGAAAUGUGAAGAGUUUAUUAGAAAAAUGAAGGCAGGAAUUAAGUUUGAAUCACAGCAAUUGUUUAUAUUGUAACUUAGAAUUUUUAAAAUAAUAAAAAAAAUUCUGACUUUGUAACUCUUUUUUUCUUUUACUCUGUUUUCCACUCUCUCUUCUGUUGGAUGUAGAAGUAGUUUUUUUUUUUUUUUUCUUUUAAUCUUUCAUUUUGGCAUUGAGAUAAAUUAAUAAAACACAAAUUUUUAUCA